UUGACCUUCCUGUAUGUCUCGGUCCACACGUCUUUCGUCGUAAUUUUCUUCCAAAUUACACGACCCUCCUUUCAUCUAAAUCCCUACUAUAUAUAUCCCUCCUUCUCUUCUGCCUCCUCUAUCCAAGUUCAAAAUUAUUCAACUUUCUUUCAAAAAAUGGUCGAUUUGCAUUGGAAAUCCAACAUCGUCGGCUCCGAUAUGCCUACCAAGCUCUCUCCCGCCUCCGCCACUAUACCCCGUGUCAUGUCCCUUCCACCUCUGACGGCGCCGUUUCAAGCCGCUGAUAUCUCUGCCUCGUCUUCCCCGGCCUGCUCUGCUUACGACCACUAUCUUCGCCUUCCUCAACUUAGGAAGCUUUGGAGCGCCAGCGACUUCCCCGAUUGGAAGAGCGAGCCUAUCUUCAAGCCCGCCCUCCACGCGCUUGAGAUUACUUUCCGUUUACUCUCCACCGUCUUGUUAGAUCCCAGGCCCUACGUCAACCGCCGCCAAUGGCUCCGCCGUAUCGAAUCCCUAGCCGUCGCCGAGAUCGAGACCAUCUCGUCCCUCUGCGAGGACGACGAAGAUGACCCCGACACAAGUGGCACCGCUCCGACAGCUGACCUCAGCAAAAGCGAGGGUGUGAGUUACAGCGAGGCGAGCUUGCUUCCUCGCUUGGCCACAUGGUACAAAUCUAAGGACGUAGCGCAGAGGAUCCUCCACACCGUCGAAUCUCAGAUGAGGAGGUGCCCCUACACUCUGGGUUUGGGUGAGAUGAAUAUAGCCGGAAAACCAAGCCUCCUGUACGACGCCGUAUGCAAGCCGAGCGAGAUUCAUUCCCUGAACAAGGCGCCCAACGACGAUGUCAUCGAGAGCUGCGAAAACCAGACGGUGUACACGACGCACCAGAUCAUAGAGUCGUGGAUUCACGUCGCCCACCAGCUUCUCGGCAGAAUCACCGAGAGAAUACGAAGCAAGAAAUUUGAUAAGGCCGCGGAAGAUUGCUAUAUGGUGGAGCGGAUCUGGAAACUACUUGCCGAUAUCGAAGAACUCCACCUUCUAAUGGACCCCGACGAUUUCCUGCGUCUGAAGAGCCAGCUUUCGAUCAGAUCGACAGGGGAGACGACGGCGUUUUGCUUCCGGUCGAAGGAGCUGGUGGAGGUGACGAAUCUGUGCAAGGAUCUGAAGCACAAAGUGCCGGAGAUAUUGGAAGUGGAGGUGGACCCAAAGGGAGGACCGAGGAUUCAGGAGGCGGCGAUGAAGCUGUACGUGGACAAGAAUGAGAAGGGAGGGUUCGAGAAAGUUCAGCUGCUUCAGGCGAUGCAGGGGAUAGAGUCGGCGAUGAAGAGGUUCUUCUUCACGUACAAGCAGGUGCUGGUAGUAGUGAUGGGGAGCUCGGAGGCGAGCGGUAACCGAGUUGGGACGAGGUCGGAAUCGGGCGACUCACUGAGCCAGAUAUACCUUGAGCCCACCUAUUUUCCGAGUUUGGAUGCUGCAAAGACAUUUCUGGGGUACUUCUGGGAUAACGAGCACCGAUGUUACUAGUGUUGUAGGGAGUCAUUCUCCAGGAUACUUUCGUAAUUUACACAUUGAAACACGCGUGAAAGAAAAUUAGACACUUAAAAAAAAAUUCUUUUUUCCCAAAAAUAUGAAUUAAAUUAUUCUUGUAAGAGGGUGUAUCAUUAUCUGUUUAUAAGAGAUAUUUAAUAAGAUUUUUUUUUGCACCAUUGCUCACGUUUUGGAUUGGAACUUUGAGGUAUAUUCUAGGCGGUCAGCUGUGAUAGCAACUAUGUUA